GAGAUCACAGCUGAAAAAAUUGAUGUUCACGUUUUUCGGAAGACUUGUAAACGAAGGGUACAACGGUCCAAUAAGUAUCUUUAAAAUAACCGAUAUUUUCUUCGAUACCUGCAAUUUGUUUGUUACGCCGACUGAAACCGACGAUGGCGAUAGAUUCGACGAAGAACAUAAUACAAUGGUAAGUAUUGUUCAUACGCUUUAAGCUGCGCAUGCGCAUUGCAAAUAACAGCGGCGGGAAAUAUCAUGGUAGAAAAUCUACCAAUUACCUGUUGGCUAAAAAAAUUAGCAAGAUCCAACUCUUAUUUUUACCAUAAAAACAAAUGAAAUACUUGAAUAAUUUUCAGUUUUAAAAACGCUUCUGUUAUUAUUUACUGCAGUCACUUACAUGUAAGGAUUAUAUAUAAUAGGAUUAUAUAGUAUACGCACAAGAUUUACCCAGUCACUAACCAAAUCCUUAUUGGUGAAUGGUGAAGGAUGUUUUUCUCAGCAUGUGGAUUGUCUUAAAUCAAACUAUGACCAACUUUAUUUAUACGGGAUAGCUCUAUAUAUUCUAAACCGUUUCCCUAAAUAAUAUAUCCAUUAAAGCUGUGGGGAUAGGCUCGAUAAUGAUGCAAACAGAAUGUAUUAGGAAUCAAAUUCGAUUCAGGGAUUCAAGCAAGAUGCAUGCACUUUUUGUCUCCAAUCAGAGAUUGGGUUUUUCUGGUGGGAAAAGUUUCCAUAAACGUGGACAUAUCAUUCUUAGUAAUUUGUUUCCAUUAGGAGAGAGAAUUUUGUGUAACACUUCAGUGCCAAAAAUUGUGAUUCAGUGCCAAGAAUAUGAUUUAGUGCCAAAAAUUAGGAUUGAUCCUGUGCAGACAAUGUAAUUCAGUAUCAAAUAUUUGAUUCAGUACGAAAAAUGUGGUUCAGUGCCAAAAAAGUAUUACGUUUGACACUUCUUCAUCCAAUCUUAAUCUUCAUCUGAUCGCAAUAGAAAGUUAGUUUGUAGCUAAUAGUUAGCAAUAUAAACUGUAUUUAUAUAUUUUGGUCUUAACGACCUGUAAUUUAUUUUCAGGUUACAUUGGUUCACAAAGAUUCUUUGAAGGGCAACCAUGCGGUAGCAGGAACUGAAGAAGCAGUGGAUACACACAACAUAGUGAGCGAGAAAAGAAGAUAACGAGAAAAAACUAUUGUUCUUGUAGUAUUUUAUGUUGUUCCUCCCUUUGAAAAUUUCACAUAUGAUUUCACAUGUGAAGUGCUCCAAUUCCACAAAAGAAAUAAUUAUUUCACAUGUGAAAUUAAUUUUCACAUAUUAUAACCCUUUACCUCACAUGUGAAAUUUAUAUUUCAAAGUAUGUGAAACUCGAUUCAUAUGUGAAAUUCUAAAAUUCACAUAAGAAAUGAACAUUUUCACAUAUAUGAAAUGUUUCAAUCUCACAUAAAACGGUUUAUACGAAAAAUUAUAAUUCAAUGUGAAAUUUUCCAAAGGCUAUAUCUUACUUUUCACGUUCUUUACUAUGUCUGUGCUAUAAAUAUAGAAUCUUACGUUGAAUCUUAAUUUUCUUUGUUCUAGAACUUACGCAGUCCACGAAAUUCAAAUGAGGAGGAUAUCAUAAUGAAAAACUCAGAUGAGGUUAGGAAAACAAGAGUUAAGUAAUAAAUGUUCUUCAAAAACUCAUUAAUAAUUCAUGAAGCAAUUAUCCAAUCUUGAGUAAGAAAUUAGUCACGUGCAUACGUCUUUAUACCAGCUAAAGAACACUUUAACAAAAGACCAUUGUUAUGCAAACUAUAUAAAGAUUUUUAUAUAAAGAUUUUUAUAUAAAGAUUUUUAUAUAAAUAUUUUUAUAUAAAGAUUUUUAUAUAAAGAUUUGACUUAUUAUGCAAACGUUUUUGAAGCCAUUUAAAAAACUCGCAGGUCGUGUUUUAUUAGGUCUAAAGCCACUCGCGCUGCGCGCUCGUGGCUUUAAACCUAAUAAAACACUCCUGCUCGUUUUUUAAAUAGUACAUAAAAAACAGGGAUUAUUAUUUUACAACAAAUAAACGUGGUGUUAAGGUUUUUAACGCUACAGCAAUUCAAAAAAGAGUUUCAUUACCUCAUCAUAGCCAUACCUUGACAAGUCGUAGCACAUUUUAAUCUGGCUUUUUAUCGCAUGCACUGCAAUCAUCAUUGGUGAAAAUCUUGUCAGUUUUGCUGAACAUAUUCAGGUUUCCUGUUCACAACAAGAACUAUGCGAGACACUGACUCAGAGGAGUGACAAGAGUGGCGAAGUGAAAACUCAGUCAGAAUUGGACACAAUUCAUGCGAUUCAGGUAACCAUGCAACUAAUGCUAAAACUGACAGAAGUGCAUAUUUAUACUGAAUAGUUCAAACAAAUCUAUUUACUGUAGAAACAUUUAGCUGUAUGGGUCCAGUUAUUACUAUACAGAACGAAACCUUAACUAAACCAUAUUGACUUGCUAUUGCAUGGAUAGCUUUAGCUAUCGGUUUUAAAUUGUUGGCCUAUAGUGGUCCAGUAAGUGACCCUUGUUAGUGACAAGAUUCUUUCAAUUUUAAAAAUAAUUUAUAUAUUAUUCUAAGGUUUCAGCUCCAUCUGAAGCAAAAAUAUCUUCCAUGGGAGAAACUCAGGCACACGGCGCAAGCGGGGAAAACAACUGGGGCCGGUUGCAUAAAAAGGUAGCUAAAGUUAACUGCUGCACAGUUAGUGCAAAAGUUAACCAAUCAAAAUUGCGUCAUUUACACUUAACUACUAUUUAAUUACUAAAUCAUGAUUAAAAUGUAGUUAAACGUUUUGUACAACCGGCCCCAGUAAGUUAUCCCAGAAAGAGAGCACAGCAAGUAAGGUAAUGAGGGUGUUUUGUAUUUAAUUAAUAUUAAUUGUUUAAAGCCAAAUUGCAACGAGUGCUAUAACCUAUUUAUAUCAGAAACUUUACCAAUUACCAUGCCCAUGGUCUAUUUUAAGGCUAAAUUGUUAUCCCUGAAACUUUAAUAAUUAAGGACCACUACUUAAUUUUCUAGGGUUCGUUAAUUGUAUUACUGAAAAAAUUAAGCAACUUUGAUGCAAAAAAACAAAAUCACACGAGGCAUGUGCGGCAUGCAGUUGGAGCCAAAAUACUAAACUGACUCAAGUGCAUAUUUAUGCUGAAUAGCCGCUCUACCAAAUCUAUUUAGAAACAUUUCUUCUAGGAAGACCAGUAUAUUGAGCCAUUGCAGAUUUCUAGCGGUUCUAAAAUGUUGCCGUAUAUAGUUGUCCAUGCAGUCAGAGUCCCCUAAUUAUUGGUGGUAAGAAUAUUUUAAUUUUAAAAGUACUUAUGCCAUUUUAAGGGUUCAGCGCCUUCUGAUGCGGAAAAAUUUCCCAUGGGCGAGAAUCAGGCACAUGGUGCAAGCGGAGAAAACAACAAGACAUCCCAGGACGAAAGUACUGAACUGAGCAUGAGUAAGGUAUAAAUUAAAGUGUUUGUAUUUAAUGAAUAUUAAUUGUUUAGAGCAAUACUGCAACACAUACUAGCUAUAUUUACAGCCUAGUCCCAGGCUCUCUUUCUGUACGCUGCUUUGAUAUAUUUAAAUAAGUCUUAUGCCUGGGUGUGCUGUGCGGAACGCUUCAGCGAGAGAGCCUAUAGCAGAUUUGGUCCCUGGCCAACAAAGGGUCGUUUAACAAUUCACCACGUAAACACUUUAAUUUUGCCCGGGAAACUCGGAAUCCUGAGAUUAAAUGUGUACGUAUCUUUAUUAUUUAUUAAAUACAAAAAUUGGUUCAAUAGUGCAGCUAAAAUAGACGCCACUGAGAACCAAAUGUGUAUGUUAGAGUGACUUAGAGUCAAACUGAAAUUGAUACAAUUGAAAAUGAAACUGACCAAAACUGAAUAGCUAGCGCUCUACCAAAUUUGUAAAAUGUUUCCUCAUAAAAGACCAGUAAAUGCCAGUGGCGAAGCUCGCCAUGGCAACAGGUAAUAGUAUGCAAACUUCUAAUGUCUGCAUUAUUUCAAACCUCUAGAAAGGGUAUUGUCUUCACUUUAUUUAUAUUUAUUAGCAUAGCAUGACCCUGCAGUCGCCAUGGCUAGUUCGCCACUGGUAAAUGCCAUUCUUAUAUUUAUCAUUUAUAGACCUGGAGCGAGGUGGAUUCGGAGAAAUAUUACCCGAAGUGAUGAUAUUUCCCGAGGGAAAUAUCAUCACUGAGGGUAAUAUUUCGCCGAAUCCCCCAGGCGGAGGGUCUAUAAAUGAUAUAUUAUACCGAAAAUUAAAAGCCUCCAACAGAGAUGUGAACCCUAAGUAACAAAAAUGCGGGUGAUAUAUAAUUUUUGACAUGACGUCAUUUUUUGUUGUUGAGAAAAUUGAUUGGUGAUUUAUAAAAGCCUUGCUAAGCCCCAUAUUUCUAACUUCCAUAGAUAUUUAUAUUCUUGUUUAUGACAAAACAGAUGUAUACAAACGUCUUAAGAGUUAAGUCUAGUUGAAGUAGUCAAGUAGAUGUGCGCAUGCAUACACUCUACCAACCAAAAACAGAACAACGAAUCAAGAAUCAGAAGACAGAAUCACAGAAUGCGGGUGAAUUGCUAUAAAAUUUGCUAAUGCGGGUGAUUUUAUGUGCCAAUUUUUCCGCGUGUGAUGAUUCCAAAAUGCGGGUGUCACCCACUCAAUGCGGGUGAGUUCACAUAUCUGCUCCAAGUUGAGAAUUAAAAACUUGACACAUACCUUCGUGAAUACGAUGUUUUAUUUUCGGAUUAACGCAAGUAUUCGUCGAUUUUCUUUCGAAUCACAUAUCGUUUGGAAUAUUAAUGACAAUAUUUUUCAAAAUUUGCUUCAAAAUUUUGAAAAAGCCCCAGGUUUUACGUUUAAAAUUUGAUUAUUCAUCACUCAUCAAUACUAUUUAUAUUUUGUCGGCCAUGUUUUUGUCAUGCGUGUUGUCUCGCGCGGUCUACGCGAAUAAUGUUCCACCCCAUGUUCCCCGGGGAACAUGGGGUGGAACAUUGUCAAAAGGAACGCAGGCUCGCUAAUUGAUGACGUAAGGCGUGAUAUCGCGAUUAAUUUCAUGCUCACGUGGCACAAACUAACUUCCUGAUUGGACAAUUUGAAUUUGAGGUAUAAUAUAUCACUUAUAUCGAUCGAGUAUAAUUACUGUACAAGUGCAGGAAACCGUAACUUGCAAAAGGAAACCUUGCAGCAUAUACCAUGAUGUUGAUGUAAAUAAAUGGUAUAAUGUUACUAAAUUGGUUAAAAAAAGAACCGCCGCGCGAGAUGUUGAAAAAGAUCUGAACAAAAUAACCAUAGUGAACUGACUAUUAACUGCUCUCACUAGGGUAUUGUAGAUUGAAAUAUUACCAAGUGGGAAUUUAUAAAUAUAAAUCUGCACCGAGAUCGCAUGGUCGCAGGUUCGGUUCCUGACAGGGACGUAAAGUUGCAUUUUUCGCAGCUGUCACUGGUUAGGUCUAAUAAAUGCAUUAAAUUUCCACUCGAUAAUUUCCAUCUCGAUAAUUUCCAUCCACGUUUAAGAAUGUUUAAGAAGAUUUUAUACCUGAAGGCUGAAGGGCCAUCCUUUAAUAGUCAAGGCGUUGUUUUCAGUCUAAAAUAAAUUCAGAAUUUGUUGAAGGUUUCAGCGUCUCCUAAAGAAGAAAAAUGUCUUACGGGAGAGACAGAAAUAAAUGGGGAAAAUCGAGGAAAGGGCACUAAGAAGCCCAGGAAUGUGAUUAGGCAGAAUAAGGUAACAGAAAGCUUUUAUAUAAAACGUAUAUGGCUAAAAAUGUAUUAAGAUUAUGUAAUUGGCCAAGCUUUAUAGUCAUCAUUAUAUAGUAAUUAAAUAAAAGACUUAGAUAGGCCUGUUUCAGAAGCGUACUCUUCAUAUGCCGAACUUAAUUGUAUAUAUUAGAGGCGACGGCUGGAGCGACACAAGAACGGUCAGUGAUUCAAACGGUGUGCAAAAUAAUUUGUAAUGUUAUUGCAUGCAUGCCCAGGCUGGAGUGCUUUCACGCAAAAAUCCUAAAUAAAAUUCGAAACAAAUAAGUAAACUUUUAAAUUAAAAUAUUGCUAAUCUAAUAACAUAUAUAUAACAAGGUUUGGCACAUGAAUGCAUGAGCGGCGUAUACAUGCAUGCACAGAAUCUGGCGGACUUGUGUCGAACAUGCAUGGCCGCUCCAAAUUUUGCCGUAUUUUUUAUUCAUCUUCUGUCGUAAUUAUAAAUUCGUCAAUUAAGUUCGGCGUAUGAAAAGUACGCCGUUUGAAAUGGGCCUAACUUUUGCUUUCCAAAAGCUUUGCCAAAUAAAUAUACGUAUAGCUAGUGUUUCCACAAAACAAGACAAUUAUAUAGUAUUUCAUCACAAAACAAGACAAUUAUAGUUAAUUCCUUACAUGGAACUUAUCAACAUAGAUUACGAUAUCAACAGAAACGUGACAGGUAUAGGUCAAAAUUAUUGUUCAAGUUACGGUUAUUAAUCUACUCUAAUUUUUGCAUGUUGCCGCUGAGACGAUUAGAAUUGGUACGGCUGCAUGCAUGGUUUAGGUCGCAUGACGUAAUCAAGAAUCAACACCUGGAUAAAAAUUAAAGGAAUCAUUUAUGAACCAAUAGUACCUUUCAUUUAUGAACCAAUAGUACCUCAAUUCGAAAUCGAAAGAAAUCAUCCGUCGAAACAAGAAAAUUAGGUAUCUCCUAAAUUUAGGUAGCAUGGACCUUGAGAACCUGGGAAAGGGGAGACCAGACUAAUUCCGAAACAGCCGUCGACGAUUCUAAAUGAUGUUCUCGCGAACGUGCGUGACAAGACGAAGUUGUGAAAUCUACAGGAAUGAGAAACAAAACGUGAAAAAUUAUGGGGCGGCAUCAAAUUUGGGAGUUAACUACAAAUUGGUUGAGAAACACGGAGUGACUGUGGCCAGGCCAACGUUGUUUAAUUCGUAUAUAUAAUGAAAAGGUUCCAUAUAUACUUAAUAAAAUAGUUUUUGCACUAAAAUUUAC